AUGCUCCGCUUUUGGCCGAACAUCGCCAAUGAGAUCGUCCGGGUGCCGACCGCCGAGCGAAACGCCAGUCCAACAUACAGCUCGCCUCUGAACACACGUCACGUCCAUACGUUUGUUCGUGUCUUAUCGGGGAAGGCUGGAGUUCGAUAUGUGCGGUUCUCGCGAUGUGGUCCGCGUGCGCGGUGGCAACUGCCCGGGGUGCGUGAUGAGCUAGUGACCCAAGAUGUUUCUGGAAGGACGAGGUUGGUC